CACGGCCGCUCCAAUUCUGCUUGAAUUGACUAAGCCAUAAUAUGGCAAUCCUAGCUUUGCUAUCGGCCCUAAUUGGCAUUGGUUUCUGUCAAUACUUUCCACCAACGCCAGAAGGUGUGACGACACUGGAGUCCAGAUUUCACAAUGGCGUCAAGAUUAGCUACAAAGAGAACGACAUCUGUGAAACCACCCCUGGAGUCCACUCAUACACUGGGUAUGUCCAUAUACCUGCAGGAGCGACGGAAGAUAUGUCUCCUGUCAAGCAGAACUUCCCCAUCAAUCUUUUCUUCUGGUUCUACGAAGCCCGCAAGAAUCCGAAGAAUGCACCUCUCGCUAUAUGGCUGAAUGGAGGUCCUGGAUGCUCCUCCUUAAUCGGAAUGCUCGAUGAGCUUGGUCCAUGCUGGGUCAAUCCAGACGCCAACUCUACGCGGAUCAAUGAAUGGUCCUGGAACAAUGAGGUCAACAUGCUCUUCAUCGACCAGCCAUCACACGCAGGCUUCUCAUACGACAAUCUAAUCAAUACAACCAAUAACCUCCAGCGCUACGACGACAUCACUCAACUCUGGCCAGGCGAUGUCAUCCCCCAACAAAAUUGGACAUUCCUCGUCGGCACCGAUUCCACACACGACUUCAGACGAGUCACAGCCGGAACGCACGUCUCCUCCUUCGCAUUCUGGCACUUCGCCCAAGCCUGGUUCCAAGAAUUCCCCUUCUACGCUCCCCGCGACGGAAAAAUCUCCCUCGCCGCAGAAUCCUACGGAGGAAAAUACGGCCCAGCAUUCUCCGCCCUCUUCCAGGAACAAAACGAAAAAAUAAAAAACAACACCUGGAAAGUGGCCGGGGAACAACACAUCCUCCACCUCGACACCGUGAUCAUCGUCAACGGCUUCGUCGACUCCGCCCUAAACUUCCCCUCAUACCCCGACUUCACCCAAAACAACACCUACGGCUUCAAAACCGUCAACGAAACAACGUACAAAAACAUGACCAGAUCCAUCCCCACCUGUCUCGAAAAACUCAACGUUUGCCAAAACGCCUCGAAAAAAUUCGACCCGGAUCAACUCGGUCUCAACGACACCGUCAACAACCUGUGCAUCGACGCCGCAGAUUUCUGUAACACGUACAUCCAAGGCGCCGGAACAGAUCCCACCGCCCUGACGCGAGAUUUCUACGACAUCUCUCUCCAAAGACCCCAGCAAGCGCGCGUGCCCUUUUUCAAACAGUUUCUCCAACAACCACACGUCCAGUCCGCCAUCGGGGUGCAGAAAAACUGGAGCGCGUGCGAUAAUCCCGCGGGCAACGCGUUCUACUACGUCGGCGACGGGUCGACAUCGGGAUAUCUGGACAAACUCGCGUACCUUCUCGAUUCCGGGAUCAAAGUCAACUUGCUGUAUGGAGAUCGAGAUUACAUUUGCAAUUGGUUUGGCGGGGAAGCGAUUUCGCUCGCGAUUCCUUGGAAGCAUCAAAAAGAAUUUGCGGAGGCGGGGUAUGAGGAUAUCCGUGUGAAUGCGAGUUAUGUUGGGGGACAGGUGAGGCAAUAUGGGCCUCUUUCUUUUACGAGAGUGUUUCAGGCGGGUCAUACGGUUCCUGGGUAUCAGCCGGAGACGGCUUGGAGGAUUUUUACGAGGGCGUUGGGGAGUCAGGAUGUGGCGACGGGGUUGAAGGGGAUUCAGGAUAAGGAUGGGAAGUGGUAUGCGAGUACAGGGCCGAAGGAUUCGAGGAGUGUGAAGAAUGUUUUGCCGCCGCAGCCGAAGGUGAUUUGUUAUGUGGGGGAUGUGAAUGGGACUUGUACGAAUGAGCAGUUUGCGAGUCUUUUGACGGGAAAGGCGGUGGUCAAGAAUUUCUUUUUGGUGAAUGAGAAUUCUACGGCGGAGUAUCCGCAGUUGGUGGGUGGAGGUAAAUGAGAUAGAAGUCCGUAUUGUGCGGUGAAAGUCGAUCGGGCACAGGC